AUGACUUCUGUGGAGGAAGGCGAGACGCCGUCUGAUGACGUGCCGGCGGGAAACCCGGACGAACUAGCCAAGAAUCCUAUCGCUUUGAAAGAGGCACAUGAACAAAUGGCUACUAUGGAUGUUUUAGUAUGUGGCCAGUGUCAUUCAGCAUUCCACUUUGUUGAAGAAUUUAAAGAACACAAAGAUGCUAGUAACUGUACAGGCAAAUCACCUGUAAGAGACAGUAAUGAAAGUAAAGCCCAAGUGUGGGCUUUUCUAUUAUGGAAGUGUUCAUCUGUACGAGAUGGUUCUACAGUCAAUACAGACAAUAGCUGGAAGUUGUACCAGCAAUGGUGUCGCAUGGCAGAGUCACAGCGCACAGCCUGGAUUACAGCCGGGUCCAAUGUUCAGGCACUUUCUAAAUUUGCUCAUGCCAAAGUUAUGGAGUUAAAGACUGAAGACCAACUAGUUCCUGUUCAGACUCCAGCACAAACAGAGAUCAAAAAGCGGGGCAGGCCCAGAAAGUUACCCAAACCUGAGGACUCUGAAACACAGCCCUCAGGCGAGGAAAGUGAUGACAUUGUUAAAGCUAGCCCUGGAAUUAAGGGUGUCCUCAAUAAAAUGCCUAUAACACAAAAUAACAAACCUAAUAAGGAGCUGAGCGAGUCGGUGCGCAACGCGCAGGAGCGCGUGCCGCCCGAGGAGCGCAUCGCGCGCCGCACGGAGCGCGCGGGCGACGCGGCCGAGGCGGGCGAGUACGUCGUGGAGAAGAUCCUCGCCAAGCGCUUCAACCCGCGCCGCAAGCAGUACGAGUACCUGCUCAAGUGGGAGGGCUAUCCGCAUGAACAAAACACCUGGGAACCGGUGGAAAAUAUGGAAACGUGUAAACACUUGUUGGAAGCGUUUGAAAAACAACUAGCUAGACAGAAGGAAUUGAAGGCUCUCAGGGCUCAACAACAACAACAGCAACACCCAGUACAGGUAAAACAGAUGAGCACUCCUUUGCCUCAGGUUGUCAAACAAGUUGUCAAGAAGGAAAGCCCAGCUGUCACACCCUCUGGACGCCUUCAGCGGACAAGUAAAGUUCGUGCGCUUGACCAAGUCAAGGCGUGGUGCGGUGCCGAUGAUGGAGAACCAGCAUCUAAGAAAAUUAAGAAGGAAAUGUCCAGUGAAGAUGAAGACUAUUCCGACCCUGAUUCCACCAAAGCUGACAAGAAAGUGCUCAAUGGACAAUCUUCACCAAAGUCCACUCUGGACCCAGAGCUUGUGAAAUCACUCGGCCUCGGUGGGAAGGGCAUGCCGAAUAUUAAAGGAGUCAUUAAAGUUGACCCUAAGCAUAUGCCUAACCUUACAUCAGGUGUGUAUAUAAUGUCGAAGAGUUCAGGGAUUAUGAAGAUAGACUCGCCUGGCAAAUUGGGACCGGGCCUGAACAUAGACCAAGAAGUAAUUAGGAAACAAAUAUUAGCUGCUAAACAGAAAAAAUUAGAAGAAUCCAAAAAAACUUCGCCAGUUCGUACGCCAAUCGCCUCACAGGUAAAACAGAUUAAAAAAACUUAUGGAUCAGGAGGACAGCAAGUCACCGAAAAGACCAUAAUAACUCCUUCUGGACAGAAAAUUAUUCAACGAACAAUACAGCGACCCUCCGGCGCAGGGGAAGGAAAAUCACCUGUCACUAUUCUCAAUAAGAAACUAGCGCAGGGCGACAGUCUGCUGCGGCGCGGCGGGGCGGGGCGGGGCCGCGGGCGCGCCGGCUACGCCGUGGCCACGGCGGGAGGGAACAUCGUGCGUAUCCGAGACAACAAAACUCCUGUCGCUUUUGAAUUUGACCAGUCUGACGCUUCGUCGGACACGUCGGACGGCAUCGAGGACCCCUUCCCGCGCGAGCUGGGCCCGCUGCCGCCGGCCAGCCCCGAGCGCGAGCUGACGCUGUGCCCCAGCACGGGGCGGCGCCUGGCGCGCGCCGAGGGCGAGCCCACGCCGCCGCCCACGCCCAGCCCGCCGCCCACGCCAGAGCCCGCGCCCACGCCGCCGCCGCACGCCACCAUGCUCAUGAAGGUAGAGAUGUCACCGGGCGGCACGACCGGCAUGCUGGUACAGGGUGAUGGAGCCCAGCCCUCGUUACCGGUGCUCACCGACGAUGAUGGUACGGAAGUAAAAGUAGAAGCGAGUGCAGUAAAACAGCUGUUGGAAGGGGGGGUGGUCGGUGAGGAUGGUGAAGAGGUCGGAUUAUUACACGCCGGACACACUCCCAUUAUGAUCAGGGGGGAAGAUGGAGUGCUUUAUCAGGUUGCGGGUGAAAAUGAAGCCGGUCAGACGUUAUUAGUGGCGGCCGAGGGUGUGGAAGGAGCCGUGGAGGGAGUCGAAGGUGCAGUAGAAGGAGAGGGAGACGUCGUCUACGUAACCAGAGAAGAUGGACAGGACGUGUUGGCGAUCGACCCGUCGCAACUGGCGCAGCUCAUGCCGGGCGGCGCGGCCGCGCCCCCGCUGCAGCAGGUGGCCGUGCAGGUGGAGGGCGAGCCGGGGGAGGACGCCACGCAGGUCAUCGCGCAGCUGCUGCAGGCCGACCUGCCCUCGCCCGGUGGAACAAGGAGAGUAGUGCUUAUGCUACCCGAUGGAAGUUUAACUAUGACAGAACUAGACAAGGAACAAUACGAAUCCAUAACAGAGGCCAGUAAAGCUCAGGAGUAA